AAAAAGAAGGGAAAAGGGCAGGGGGUGGGGAAAAGAAGAGACUGUAGCAGCGAUGCCUCCCAGAAACUGCAAGCAGUGUGGAAAAGAGGGUCAGAGAUGGCACGUUAGACCUUUAUCAUGAGCUGAGCCCCGGGCCUCGGCGUGGAGAUCUGCCGCGUCUCUUCCCAAACUCUUAACUGCACCAAGUGCCUUUUUGCCUGCCCCUUGCAGAACAGAAACUCUGCUGCUUUCAAUUUGACUUCCUCUGCAAAUGCAUCAGAGGAAGAUAUUUGUUCUUUUAAAAAGAAGAAGUAGUUCGUGUGUAAGGGGGAAGAGAAGUGGGUGGGUGUUAACAAGCGUAUCCAGGAUGUUAUAGGAAUGAGAAAAGAGCAAGAUCGAGUUGCUGUGUAGAUCUUGCCCUUUGCGGCUAGAAGUUCGGUGCAUCUGGAGUUGCUGAACGCCAGCUCUUCUGAGCUCUUUCAAGUGUGGCAGCGGCAGCAGCAGCAGCAGCUGUAGAUGUGAGUGUAGGCUUAACUCUUUCCUGACUCCCUGGAUUUGUACCAUGCUCAAGAUCCUUACGAAGAAGCUCAGAAAUCAGAGUUUGAAUGAAAUUCAGCCCUUCCAGUUAAAGAUUUCCUACCCUCCAAGUGAUGAGGAAGAUAGUGAUGAUUCUGAGGGAGAGAACCAGGAACUUGCUCAGAUUGACAGAGAGAGAAAACGGAAUUGUACCUUGACCCCGCUGGCGACCAAUCAGUUGCAGAAUCAAGAAAACCAGUGUGGCAAGGUGCGGGCCCAUUUUCCUCCUGGGUUGGACCGCCACAGCUCGGAAGAGGAGCUGGAACGUAUCAGCCGUGAAUUUGCUGCCGAGAAACGGAAGUGGUCGCAGGUCAAUCGGCUCCCCUGUUGUGGCGACAAUUGCAAUACCUCCUCCAGUGACGAGGAGGUGAAGAACUUGUGUGGUAUGUCCUUUCGGCCUGUGGUCGAAGGGGUGGACGGCUUGCAUGCCAGCUCCAGCCCGGUGCUCUUCAGUGCCUCUCCCCCGAAGAGACUCCAGCCCUUGGCACGGACCCAGGGACCCCGACCUCUCCUCUUUACGAGUGUUGGCGGCAGCUUUGAGCAAGUGAUGCCAUGUAAACGACACCGGCAGGGCUAUGGAGAUAAGAUUGGUAGGCCCAGCCUCGACCUGGAGAAAAUGCAGCAGAAGAUGCUGUUUAAGAAGAAUUGUGGCACAAAGACGAGAAUCAUUAAAAUCCGUCACAUCAAUGGCAGCCGGCCACCACCUCACUUUGUGUAUGACCCAUCGACCUUUGCCUUCCGAUCCCUGAGCACCUUGAAUCCUCUGAGCCCAAUAGCUCCAGUCGAAGAUCCGCCAUGUGCCUACUGAAGGAGAUACUCAAAACUCUCAGGAAUUAUCACACCAGCCAACUGCCCCAGCAGGGACUCAGGGGCGGGUGGGAAGGGGCAUGUAUCUGCAAUACCACCGAGAUCCUUGGUACAGGAGUUGGGGGACUUUUCUCUGGCCUGCUUUUUCAUGCCACCAUAAUUCUGAAGGUUGGGGGAAAGGGAAUGUAUGUGCAUUGAGCAAGCUAGGCUCAUAAGCUAUAGUGCAAUUAUUGUGCUGGUUUCUUAUAAAAGGAAGUUAGCAUAUUGUCUGAAUGAGUAAGCAGCUGCCCAUGUACUAGAAUGUUUCCCUCGUUUCCUGCUCCAAAUCUAAUAGAGUUGUUCCUUCUGCACUGGGGUACCCCGGUGGACUAGUUCUUCAAGAAUCAGAAGGAUCUCUGGUCUCACCUCUAAAAGUCAAGAUAAGUCUGUGACCUUAGCUGCCCGUGGAGGGUCAUCCUAAUUUGUGUGAACGUGUUACAAGGCUAGAGCAAGAAGUCCAUUGAGGUUGUACAUGGCGUGAAUAAACGCUUGUAAAAUUCUCCCCGAAAUGAUUUUUCCAUCCGGGGUAAAAGAACGUCCUGUGUUUUGCCCUGUGCAGUCUGCAAUGUGACACCAUGAAGCCACAGGGUAUACUGUGACUGGGCAGAUGAUAUGCAGGAGACUCGACAGGGAAGGCUCAAUUUCCUCUCACUUUGGCCCCCUCCAGACACCUGUCCUUGAGCCGGGUGAGUGUCACUUCCUUGUGUUGCUCUCCAUGUGGCUGUAAAAUAGUUAUGGAAACCACAGUGGCAGGUUCAGAUGCCCAAUCAUGUGCUCAGCCCCAUCUGUUUGGCAACCCAACGAGUGUGCUGCCCCAUGGGAUGGAAAUGUGUGCGGGGAUUGCCUUCAAUUUAUAUCUAACCCCACUAGUUUAGGUGGAUGUUGUACCAUGUAGAGACAUUGGGAGCAAAGGUUUACAAGUGUUCCCAUCCUGAUGCAUAAUUACCUCUUGGGUGACAGGGAAAACAGGAAAUGUUUCAAUAGCUGCAUCUUUAUGGAGGCAGUGUGGCCACACUGACAUGGCUGCUGUAUCUUCCUCUCCACAUGGAUGGUCAUUUUCUGCUCACCUCUGUUCAUAUCAGAAAGACCAAUAAUUUGGGAUGUUAAAUGGCCUACGUCAUAUAGUAGGGGUAGGCAUCCUGGUGCCCUCCAGACGUUUUGGACAAUAACUCCCAUCAGCUCCAAGGCAGCAUAGCCAAUGAUCAGGAUGAUGCGAAUUAUAGACCAAAACAUCUAGACCACGCCAGGUUGCUUUCUCCUGUUCUACAGGGUCUUCUGCUAACCCAGUGAAAUCUAAGUAUAUAUUAGGCCUUAGGAAAUUAAGUUCUAGCGAUGUGCUCUCUGUCUAUUUGAUUUUCAAGAACAUGAACUCAAAUGUUGGCCUUAUCUGUGUUCUUAAUAUGGCGAAGAAUCCAGGAAGCCCCUGCUUGUAAUCUCCAUUUUUAAUUUUAUUUUAAAAUAUUUUAAAACAAUAUUCGGAACCUAUGAAUGGGCUAUAGUUUGGCCAACUUCUCUGCUGUCUUCAUCAGUUAGGAACUUAGCUUUUAACCGCUGUUAUACAGAGGGGCCCAUACAGCAAAAGCCAACCUCAAUUGCUGUCAUUACCAUUGGAAUAUUAAGGCCAGGAGCUUUCUAAACUGUGAUAGGAGUUGAUUCUGCUGCCUUUAGUCCUCCAUGUAAAGUUGUGCGUAUAUAUGCUGGUAGCCAGAGUGCAAAGAUAAAGGGGGUUCUUAUUUCACCAUUUCAUGCAAGGCUAAUUCAGGGAUGUGCUCAACCCUCUUUUCACCAGCAUUAAUGCAGUGGGGGGAGACACACAAGCUGCUGCUCUUUGUCCACUGGGUUGUUCUGAAGAGAACCAAAUCAAUAAUGAACUGCAACAAGGCAGAUCUAGCCCCCCCCUUUGUAUUCCCUUGUUUCUUCUGUUGAAGGAGGGGAAAUUUCUUUUCUGUCUUUUAAUCCUAAAGAUGCCUCUCUCUUUUUUUUUUUUUUUUUGCAGACUCUAUGGUCAGCAGUGCAUGAUGGGAUCUAUAGUCCCCAUGGACUUGGCCUAUAAUGACAAGGGCAAAUGUAACCUGGUUUUGCCAUUUAGGUAAAUUAGGUUUGGCCUACAAACAGCCAGUGUCUGUGCCAUGGUCAGAGGAAAGGUUUUGGGAUACUUCCCAUGUGUAAAGCUCUCCCUUGUUCCACAGACACUGCAGAAUGCUUUGUGUCUUUGCUAAACAGGCUGACUAUUUCUCAUUGGCCUAGAAGAUGCUGUCCCAUAUGAUGCUCCAAGAUGAAGGAAUGGAGGGGAGACGGCCUCUGUUAACGUUGCCUUUCUUUACUACUUUUGUAAUAUUUCUCUCUCUCUCUCUCUCUUUGGUUUUUCAUUGAGAACAAUAAAGUUACACUUUGCUGCUAUA